UGUUUAUACACCAUACAUAUAUACAUCCCGCAACAUCUUGCAUGUGUUUUCUUUUUUACUUUUUAUCCAAAAUCUCAAUUCAUUCCCUGAUAUGGCCUCCUAAGUCUGUGGUAAAACUCAGAAACCAAAAUCAACAAACAUGGCAUCCACGACCAACUUCAAGUGUGGAACACCCCUCUAUGCUCAUCUCCACGGGAUCCCAAACCAGAAAAACUGCUUCUCCGAUGCAAGAAAGGUGAUGUGGCAGGGAGAAUCGGCGGCAGCGGCGGUAACCAGGGGAGUGAGAUGGCAAAAGGGUAAUAAAGAAGCUAAGAGAAAUGGGGUGGUGAGGUGCAUAGGACUAGGGGACUUCAUUGGAGGAGACUUGGUGAAACCUGAUUUGGGGCGUUGGCUCUCAGACGUGGAAGAGCACAAGGCCCUGGCUAUUUACCCUCCUCAUGAAGGAGGCUAUGAGGGACGAUACCUUAAUCGACUCAUUUACAAUGGCUACUAUUUCCUUGACAUCUCAGCUCGAGGCCUAGGUGACCCGGAGACCACACUCACCAAGAUUCACCCUGUUUGCCCAGCUCAUCUAGGGAAACAACCUAUAGCAAGGUGGUAUUUCCCGCCAGAGGUUGAUUACAGACUCGACGCAUUGCCUCCAGAUGCCAAAGGACUGGUGGUGUGGAUUAUUGAAGCCAAGGUUUUGUCAAAGGCAGAACUGCAGUUUCUCGCAUUGCUUCCAACGCUCCGUCCAAAAGUUAGGGUCAUUGCAGAAUGUGGAAACUGGCGGAAGUUCAUGUGGAAGCCGCUCAAAGAAAUCGCAGGACUAACUGAAAGUGAGGACUGAGAUGGAACAAGAACAAUAAGCAAGACCGCAUACCUUCACUCCGUUUAAUGCCUCUGCUGAGCUGACCCUUCCAGGCUGAAGGCCUCUAAGCUGUAUUGCCGAGGGAUUAUGCAAAUCUAAAGAAACUGGGAUGGAAAUUUGGCAUUCACAAUUGUAUAUGCAUACACACGAUAGUUCUCAUCCUAAAAUUUCAAGUGAUUGCUUUUUCACCUCAUCAAUAACAUGACCAUUUAACAGUAAA